AUGGCUUCAAAUAACCUGCCCAGAGCCUUUGGGAACGGCGACGAUGAGAAGGAGGUCGUGGGUCUUCAUGAAAAUGCUCCGUCUCCCGAUCUACUACCCCCCGAUCCAGAUGCACAUUUGAGCGACGAAGAAAAGGCUGCUAUUGAUCGUAAGCUGGUACGAAAGCUCGAUUGGACUUUGAUACCAUGGCUCUGUGUUCUCUACCUACUCGCCUUCCUCGACCGUUCAAAUAUUGGAAACGCAAAGAUUGACGGCUUGCAAAAAGACUUGAAUAACAUGUCGACUGGUGAUUACAACGCCGCACUUUCCAUAUUCUUUGUCGCGUAUGCAUUAUUUGAGCCUGUUACGAACGUGAUGCUCAAAAGAUUUCGCCCGUCGAUAUUCGUACCAAUCAUCAUAAUUGCCUGGGGCUUGUGUAUGACAUUCAUGGGAUUCGUCACGAACUGGUCAGGGUUGAUGGCUGCACGAUUUUUUCUUGGUCUUGCCGAGGCGGGUUUGUUUCCCGGUAUUAGUUACUACCCUAUCUUGCUGGUACAAGAGAUUCCGAGUUUGGUGUUCGAAUUGCAAUAUUUUUCCGCAGCUGCUGUAUCUGGUAGUUUUGGUGGAUUGCUUGCUGCGGCAAUCGUUAAAAUGGAUGGAAUCGUCACUGUCCUGGCUGGAAUCGCUUCAUUCUGGUUGGUUUAUGACUUUCCGGAGAAAGCUAGAUUCCUUUGUGAAGCCGAUCGAAACAGGGUCAUCCGCCGUUUGCAAGCCAACGGUCAGGCAGCAGGCCAUGAAGAUUUCAGCACAGAGAUUAUCUGGCAGGCAUUCAAAGAUUACAAGACGUGGCUCGCGAUGACAAUCUACUCUGGUUGUUGCGUGAGUUUGUACGCUUUCUCGCUAUUCCUUCCUACAAUAAUUACCCAGCUUGGCUACACAACAACCAAAGCUCAACUCCUCUCCGUCCCACCUUAUGUAGCAGCAGCCAUCUUGACAGUCGUGAUUGGAUUCAUCGCCGAUCGUACAGGUCAACGAGGCUUGUGUAAUAUCACCGUGUCUUCCCUUGCCAUUGUCGGUUUCUCUAUGCUACUAGCUAGCGAGCAACCAGGCGUCAAAUAUGCGGGAACUUUCCUCGGCGCUCUCGGUAUCUAUCCUUGCGUAGCCAACACUAUCUCUUGGAUUUCCAACAAUAUUGAAGGCUCUUACAAGCGAGGUGUUGUUCUAGGAAUGAUGAUUGGAUGGGGUAAUAUUUGUGGCAUCAUCAGCUCAAACAUCUAUUUCCAAAAGCCCAGAUAUAUUACCGGCCACACUGUUUUUAUUUCUUUCUUAUCUCUUUUCUUGCUAGGCGGAAGUACCUUACUACGAUUCCUAUUGGAAAGAGAAAAUCGCAAGAGAAUACGGGGCGAAAGAGAUGCCUGGGUCGAGGGCCUCAAUGAGACUGAGAAGAAGGCUUUGGGAGACAAGAGACCAGACUUCUUAUACACUUUGUGA